AUGUUAGGUGUCAUUCGGAAGGCCUGUGUCUGGAAACCAAAAGGCGGCAUAUCUCGAUUGUACGUCUCGAUGGUUGUACUUGAUAUAUCUGGAGCCUACAAUUGUGUUGAUCGCAUCUUACUCCUCCAGACUCUUGCCGACCGCGGCGUCGCUACAUGGUUCCUCCGCGUUAUUCACUCGUUUCUUUCGGACCGCUCCAUCGUUCUCAAACUGCCCCAGAGCGUUUCAGACCCUUUUUUUGUCAACAUUGGCAUCCCCCAAGGAUCCCCGCUGUCCCCCCUACUCUUCUUAUUCUACACGGCACCAUUGCUUAUAAUGCUUGCCGAAGAAAUCAAGAAGCUGGAUCGGCCAUAUGUUGAGGUUCAUGUCUUUACCUAUGUGGACGGCACUUAUAUCAUGGCUUUCUCUCCCUCCUACGAGGAGAACUGUUCUAUCUUGAAGGUGUUCCACGAUCUAAUCAUGAAGUGGGCCAAAGACGCUCAUCUCUCCUUCUUUCCGGAGAAGUCACUGGUGAUGCACUUUCGACGUGGCGUGAGUGACGCCAAGCAGAAGAGUGACCAACGGAAACGCGUGGUCCUCGGGUUGGCCGGCGCGCCAAAGGUUAAAUCCCCAUGUACGCUACUGCCCGACAUCGACCAGCUCAGGAACAACCCAGAAUAUCUUCAACAGAAGAAGCUUUUGGUUCUUGGGCUUAUGUUGGAUCCCAAGCUGUCUUUUGAACACCACUUGACACGUAUCGAGGAGGAGGCUGAGACAGCAUUGAUGUAUCAAAGACGGAUAUCUGGGGCCAACUGGGGGAUGACGCUCGAGAAGACUAGGCUGUAUUACAUCUGCAAGAUUCGGCCUGUUAUUUCCUAUGCUUGCGCAGCAUGGUUUGUCUGGCGUCCACACGAACGGGGUCUGCCGGGUCUGCACCGCUCGUUGCCAGCUGGCCAGAUAGCACGACUCCAAAAGUUGCAGUACAAGUGCAUCAAGCUGUUGUCCGGUCAUCGAAAUCUUCCUCUAGGCAUGUCAAGGUCUUGUCGCGCCAAGUCUUUGAAGGUGCGCCCUCACGACUUCUGGUUCAACAAGGUACCCCAACACGACGAGGAUGGAAGAUUUCAUGAGAAGUUUCAUGACUACAACGAAAGCGCCUUUGACGUCCUCCAGCGCAACGCGCGAGUGCUAGUCAAAGAAUCCGGAGAACGAUUUCAAGAUACUUGGAAGUGUCCGCCGACAAUAACAGUUCUUGAAGCUUGGAUAAUCCCGGCAAACCGCAACAGGGCCAUCCGACAACAGGCGAUUCGGCAGGCGAUCGAGGCAAGUAAAGUGAUAUGGGAAGCCCACCGCAGGGAACGAAAAGAUACGAAGACCACUACUUAUCAGCCUCCCGCAUUCAAAGAGGAAUGGGGCGGAGAGAGUUUAGCUUACUACCGAGGUAUGACGCGACCCGAGUCUACACUUGGCAUGCAACUGCGGACUGAGUGCGUUGGACUCAACUGGUACUUGAACAAGUGCCACGUGUUCAGGGAGGUCAAGUCUCCUGGUUCCGAUACGGUCGUCAGGGUCCGAGUUGAAGCUACUUGUACCUGCAGGCACCCCAACCAGACGUUUCAUCACAUGUUCAUGGAGUGUCCUGAUCUCCAUGAUGUCAGGUUACUGUUGAUUCGGAAGGUCAAGCAUUUCGGAUGGGAGACGCUUCUGACAACUAACCUGAAGGUUGCUGUUCACUGGGCCAUGAUGUGUUUCGGGCUUGAACAGUUUUCAUUAGCUCCACUAGACUCUAUGUUCUAUGUCGAUUACGGGGGCUCUUAA